AUGGAAAAUGAAAUUAUUUAUAAAGAAAAUGACAUAGUAAAAAAUAAAAAUAAAAGAACUGGAAUUAAAGGAGUUACUCGUAAAUGUCUUGACCUUAUUGAUGUUAAAUGUAAUAAUUUAACAAAUCUAAUUAAUAAAAAUCACUCUAGUGAAGUUUUAACAAAUUAUCAAUUUAGCGAUGAUGAAAUAAAGUUUUAUUCAGAUGAAAAUUCUCCAAAAGAUAUGUACUCACCUGAAAGUUCUUAUACGAAUGAUGAUUUUAAAAAUUUGCUUGGAUGGAUUCCAAGAAAUUUAAAAAUUGUUGAGCCUACUAGUACAGAUUCUAUUCCUUGUGCUUUUUUUUUUUCUGAUAAUAAUAAAUCAAUAAAGAAUGAUAAAAUAAUUUUAUAUUUACAUAAAUUUAAUGAAGAUUUAGGUACUACAAUACCAACAGUAUAUGCAUUACACAAAGAAUUAAAUAUAAAUAUAAUUGCCAUGGAAUAUUCUGGAUAUGGAGUAAGUUUUGAUAAUUAUGAACAGAAACUUGUAUCUAUUGUUAAUGAUUCUUUUACUAUUUUAAAAUUUAUUGUAAAUUUUUUAAAAAUACCAUAUAAUAAUAUAUACAUUUUAUGUUAUGAAUUUUUGGCUAGCUGUGCCAUAGAAGUUGUUAAUCGGUUUGAGUAUACUUAUGGAAAAAAUAUACCAUUUGGUGGAAUAAUUAUUAUUAAACCACAAUUUUUAGAAAUUAUAAAUAGUUCUGAAUAUAAAAAUGAUGAUAUUACAAUAAAAGGAAAUAGCUGUGAUAAUUCAUUAAAAAGUAAUAAUUUAAUUGAUAGGACUUCCUAUCAAAGCAGAGAAGAAGACGUUAUAAUACAUGAAGAAAGUGAAAAUGAACAAGAUUCAAGUAAUACGUUAUUUAAAAAAAAAAGAAGUAAAAUGAAUUUCAAAAAAUCAAGUCAAACAAAUUCUUAUAUGAAAAAGGAGAAAAAGAAAAAUAAAAUGAAAAAUUGUAGUGAAAAUGAAGGAAAAAUGCAUGAACAAAAUAAACAAGAAAAAAAUCAAGAAAGAAAAAAAAAGAAUUUUGAAAAAAUUAAUUUAAAUAAAAAAGGAAGUAUUUUUAAUAAUCAAAUAGUUUAUAAAGAUAUUUUAAGUACAAAUUAUCAUGCUUAUAAUGGUAUAAUUACAUGUGAUAUGUCUCUAUUUUAUAGUAAUAGUGAAUAUAAAAUGACAGAAAAUAAUAUUCCAUACUUAUUAAUGAAAAGAAUAUUAAAAGACACUUUUGAUAUAAAUCAUGUUAAAAAUUCUAUUAAAUCAAUCUCUUGCUCAAUUUUAAUUUUUCAUCCGGAAAAUUAUUCAUACAGAAAUUCCUGUUCUCAUAUUUUAUUAACUAGUGCUAAUCAAUGUUUUAAGAAAGCUGCUUUUUCAUUUGAUUUUAUGAAUGAAGAUUUUGUUACAGCUUUUAAAUGGUUUUUUUCUGAAAAUUGUGAUCCUCAAAAAAAAGAAAAAUUAUUUAAAAAUUUAUUAUAUUUAUAUAUACAUCCCAAAUAUGAUAAUACUGAAUAUAAUAAAAAAGAUAUAAUUGAUGAUACAAAUAAUAACAUAAAUAAUGAUUUUGAAAAAGAUUUUAGUAAUUGUUUGAAUAGCAAUUUAAAUGACUUUCAUAAAAGUUCUAACAGUUACUUAAAUAAUAAUGAUAAUGAUUAUGAUAAAGGAAAAGAUAAUUAUAAUAAUGAAAAUACUAUAAAUAUUCCUAAUGAAAUUUUCAUAUGUCCAGAAAUAUCUGUAAAAUUGCAUAAUUAA